GAGGCGGAGACGCGUGCUAUAUUGCUUUUGAUAGAGUUUGACCUUAGGUACGUUUACAUCAGUCAUUUAUCUCGCAUAUCCACAAACGAAAAGGACGUUAGACAUUCCAUUGUACUAUUAAUCUAAUCAUAAAGAUGUAGAUACCGUUAACUUAUAUACAUUAUUAUAACAUGGGAUUAGCAUACCAGUAGAUUACAUUCAUAACCAUACAUUUUGCACAGGACCAUUGCAGAAAUUAUUUAAGUUCGGACUAAAAUAUUCAAAAAUGUCUGACAGGGGAUCUAAAGCCGGUUCCUUUCAUGAGGAUGCAUCAAAUGGUGAAACAGAAAUACCGUUAAAUCUUCCUGAAGAUGAACCAAAAGUACAACCUGAUGAACAACCACCACCGGAAAUAAUAUACCAGAAUACUCCACCAUCAAGAGAACCGAAAAAUGUUCGGAUUAAUCUGUAUGACAGAGAUCCCACUAAUAUGAACGAAUUAGUCAAGGUUCAGUUUGAUGACAUUUUUGCAGAGCCCGUGGGAACCCACAGUUUUGAUGGUGUCUGGACAGCAAGCCACACUGUGUUUACGGGAACUAAACACUGGUGUUACAGAAUACUAUCUGCCGUAUGUGCCUUGCCAUGCUCUUUCUGCUGGGGACUACACUUUGCUUGUUUAUCAUUUAACUAUAUUUGGAGCAUACAACCUUCAUUGAGAUCAUUUAGUAUUCAAAUUGGACCUAUUGCAAAAGUUUGGAGUAUGUGUGUGCGGGCGUUUUGUGAUCCAUUAUUUGAAUCAAUCGGAUUUAUUUUUAGUAAAAUCAAAAUUUCAUUCAAAAGGGACUAGUAUGAAUAGAGUUAUUCGUGCAUUUAAUUAUCUAUUUAUUUUUCAAAUAUUAAGAUGUAAGUUACUGAUGCUACUAAUCUAUUCGUAUCUAUCAAUAGCAUUAUCUUACAGUUGUAUAUCCAUUUAUAUCGUAUAAUUGUAGUCAAUACAUGCUUUUAUCUAAAAAAAUAUUAUGUUUAUUUCAAUGUAAUAGUCCCAUGGAGCUGUUUUCAAGAUGCUGUAUAAUUCAGGAAAUAAUAAGGAAACGACCAAUAAAUAUCAUAC